CACACGCUCAGCACACCUCCACAUUCCCCCCAGGUGGUGACCUGCCACCGGCCGCACAGCGCUGGGUCGCAGCAUGGCAUCCGGACCUCGCCGCUGCCUCUCUCUGACAGCGAUCUGGACGUCUCCAGCAUAUCCAGUCUGGAGCUCUGCAUCCUGCCCACGCCGCCCUUCAGUAGCUACACCCACCAACCUGCCCGGACCACGGCCAUCGGCAUCACGGCAUCAGACUGCUGCGCCAUGACUCCUUACUGCGAUCCGAGUCCACAGCUCACCACGACUCCUUACUGCGAUCCGAGGCCGCGGCUCGCCAUGAGGAGCAGCGCCAGCGGAGGACACCAGAGUCUGUCGGGACAUCAAAACCCCACCAGGAGACACUCGCCAACCUGCAGUCCCAGAGGAGGGCGGUGCCGGACGCACAGCGGUGUCCGGACCAGCAGCGCCCCAAAGAGCAUCCUGAAGCAGCCGGGCUCGCUGCAGCACACCUACGACAUCAUGAGGAAGUCCAAGUCGGUGGAGCUGCUGGAUGAUAUCAGGGGGCGGGGAAGCCGUCACCCACCAACCCGCUCUCUGGACCGGACAGAACCACAGGCGGCACCGGGGUCGCGCUGGUCCUCGGCCCCGACCUCCCCCUGCAGGAGCGACUGGAACUGGAGGAUGCAGGUUCUGGAGGAGAAGGUCCGCUUCUCCAACUUCCUGGAUGAGAUCACCUGCAGGGUCCUGAGCCCCGCCCACCUCACGCAGCUUGGCAGGUCACGUUCUAGAGAACAUGGAAGCCUUGCCCACGAGCACCGGGGUCCCCACUGGGCUUCCAGGGGCCAGCAGGCGGAGAGAUCCUUGAACCGGACCCGGCGCUGGGACGACUGGGUGGCGGCCCUGCAGCGGCCCCACAGCUGGUACGAGCCCCUGCAGGAAGAGGCGACCAGACCGGAGACCCCACGGCGGAGAGAUGACAUCAUGGAGGGGGCGGGGCAUAAAGAGGAGGUGAAUAGAGGAGUAAAGAUGGAGGUUCAGAACACAGCAGAAUCUCAGAGACACAGAACCGCUCUGUCUAAUCUGUCUCUGCUGUCACACAUCAAGGAGGCGUUAUCAGACUCCGACAGGAUCAGAAUCCUCCAGCAGCAGAAUGAGGACCUGCGGCGCCGCCUCGCUCUCUCCACCCACAAGAUGGAGGCCAUGGAGGCGGAGUUUGACGGCAGUCGUCACUACAUGGAGGCGGAGCUCAGCCGGACCCGAGACGACCUGGACAAGAUGAGGGACAAGUUCCGCAGACUCCAGAACAGCUAUACAGCGUCUCAGAGAGCCAAUCAGGAUCUGGAGGAGAAGCUUCAUGCUCUGGCUGCCGUCAGUCAAACAUGGGUUCAUGCACUACGGAAAGUGGAGAGGGACAAAAAGACGAUGGACCAGGAGAUCGUGGAGCUGACCAACAAGCUGCUGGACGCCAAGAACACCAUCGACCGUCUGGAGGAGCUGAACGAGCGCUACAGGCAGGACUGCAACCUUGCCGUGCAGCUGCUCAAAUGCAACAAGUCGCAUUUCAGGAACCACAAGUUCGCUGACUUGCCGUCGGAGCUUCAGGACAUGCUGAACAAACACAUGAAGAGCAGUCUACCUGAGCGUGGCUCUGCCCCCCAGGACCCGGACACGCUCAGUCUGACUCCGGCCGACGUGGUGCCGACCUCGGUCAUCGCUCGAGUCCUGGAGAAACCGGAGCCGCUGGUGCUGAACUCGGCCCAGUCCAGCACCUGCGGCCGGCCCAUGGCGGAGGACGUCUUCGUGCACGUGGACAUGACGGGUUCGGCGGGCAGUGCCGAGGGCCGGGCCGGGCGGGAGAAUGGCGACCGGGAGGCGCCACAGCAGAACGGCUCCUGUCGCAGUCAGAGCAGUCUGGACGAGGAGGGGGGCGGAGCCUCAUCCUUCGAGAAGCUGAACCCAUACCCGGUCCCGCCCCCGCCCCACCCCCUCUACCCUGGCAGGAAGGUCAUCGAGUUCUCCUCCGACGACAAAGUCAAGAUCCCCAAGAACUCCCCGCUGCCCAACUGCACCUACGCCACGCGGCAGGCCAUCUCCCUGAGCCUGGUGCAGAACGACGACGAGCGGCCGCCCGGGAGCCCCGCCCCCUCCUCCUCCUCUGGGGGCAGAGCCACCCAGCGCACGCCACCUUUGCAGCGCAACGCGACCAGUGAGCCGCUGUCCAGUCAGUCCAGCCCCUUCAGCAGCCCGCCACAGGCGCCCAGCGUCAUGGCGAGCUCCGGCAGCUCAGAGGAGGACCUGCUCGCCAACUGGCAGCGCAUGUUUUUGGAGAAGAUGCCACCGGUGUGCGACAGCUCGCUGGUUCACCGCACAUCCUUCAGCAGCCAGACGGCGCAGGAGCUGCAGCGCCGCAGGCCAGCGGCAGGGGGCGGGGCCUCCUCCUCUGACCGCCACCGGGCGGCGUACUCGGACGGCGAGGAGGGAUCUUCGGCGCGGAGCUGGACGCCGAGUCGUGGCUCCAGCCUCGACACCGACACCGACACGGAGCCGCGGCCCGGUGGGAGGGGUCGCUACAACGACACUGAGGAGGGGGAGGGGCGGCUGAUGAACCUGGAGGACGACGGCGGCAGCAGCGACACCGCGGUCACCGUGGUCACCGCGGACGUCCGCAGGGAGGAGGACGAGGAGGACGAGAGCUCCGCCGAGGAAAGAGACGUCCUCCCCCACGACCUGCCCGUCAUCUCACCCCGCCUCCUUGACUUCGACCCCGCCCUCGCCGUCGGCGCUCCACAGCGCCCGCAGAAGAGCCCCAAGAGGAUGGGCGUGCAUCACCUGCACCGCAAGGACAGCCUGACGCGAGCACAGGAGCACGGCACGCUGCUCGACUGACACACGUCCACAGCAACCGACCUGGCACCUAGCAACAGGCCACACCCAUCCAGGAUAUAGCCAUACUCUAACGUAUGCUGCGCAGCCUCACUUGUGUGUGUGUGUAUUUCUGUGUGUGUGUGUGUGUGUGUCGCAUGGUGUCCAUAUACUUUUGGCAUGUUGUGCACUUUGAGUGCAUGUUUCCAUCCAGUAUAUGUACAUGUCCAAAAGUAUGUGGACAGCGGCGUUAAAUGUAUUAAAAUCAAUAUCAUCAAUCGGUUCUGAUCAGCUGAUUGAUUAAUCUCAGUUUGUGUAUCUUGUUAACUUUCACACAAACAUAGAAGCAUUUAUUUUUAUUUGCUAAAAUUAGGUUGACAGUAUUUUUUAUAUAAAAUUAAUCAGAUUAAACCAGAUCUGCUGUUUAUCUGAGGAUUUAUUACAGAUUCAGUCAAAUAUGAAAUCAGAAUCACUCAAAACGUGUUCAUCUCUACAUGUAUGUUCAGGUGUCUGCAUACCAACACAACAUACAUGUCCACAAGUAUAUGGACACCUGGGGAAAAGAGACGUGUGUGUGCGUGCGCACGCGCGCUUGUGUGUGUGCGUGUUUUCUUCACAGUCGACAAAAACAAACUGAAACUUUACGGACAUCUUUGCCUUCUUUCCUAGCCAGGAGCUUUUAUUUUGAAGGUCAGACUUUUAUUUUGACGUGUUCUUUUGUCAGCUCCUCGGUUUGCCCUUUGACCCCGACCCCCCCCCCCCCACUGUGACUGUACCUGCAGGGGCGGGGCUGGGGGCGGAGCUUCUCCACACCUGGAAUGUAACAUUUCCAUUGUUUUUAUUUAGUUUUCUGUUGUUGUGAACUCUGAGUUUCGAUCCGUUGUUACAGAUAAUUAUUAUGGAUUUAUUGAUUGGUUCUGAUCAGUUUGUCUUUUUAUGUUCUCCCUACGGAGGCCUGUUGGUGCCACAAACGGAGACAUUAUUACAUUUGAUUAUUCAGUCUUUAAAAAAUGUUGUAGACACCAUGAAUCAGACGCAGCUGCAGCCAUACAGCGCCCCCUGAUGCAGCGGCCCUGAUGCAGCGCCCCUGCUGCAUCCCCUGCUGCAGCGCCCCCUGCUGCAGUCAUGCAGCGCCCCCCUGCUGCAGUCAUGCAGCGCCCCCUGCUGCAGCGCCCCCUGCUGCAGCCAUGCAGUGCCCCCUGCUGCACCCCCUGCUGCAGCGCCCCCUGCUGCAGUCAUGCAACGCCCCCUGCUGCAGCGCCCCCUGCUGCAGCCAUGCAGUGCCCCCUGCUGCAUCCCCUGCUGCAGCGCCCCCUGCUGCAGUCAUGCAACGCCCCCUGCUGCAGCGCCCCCUGCUGCAGCCACGCAGCACCCCCUGCUGCAGCGCCGCCUACUGCAACUCUGUUUCUGGCUCCUUCAGGCCUCCACACGGUGGCGCUCUGUCUCUCCUUCCCUGGCGUGGUGAUGAAUGUCGGCUCGUCGCCUCACAUCUCUGAUUGUGACUCAACAAGGAUCAAUAAUGGAGUCAUUGAUCCACUGACUGACUGAUUGGAAAUCGAUCGACUGCAGAUUGAUCGACAGGUUUAGUUCCUCUUCACCCGACAGGACAGUUUUCAGAGUAUUGAUCAGUGUCUGUAUUGAUCAGCGCUGGGUAUUGAUCGACUGUUGAAAAUCUCGAUCACUGAAUGUUUUCUUGUUUCAGAGUUUAGAUUAAAGCUUCGGUCUGAAGCUGCAACAGAUUUUCACUUACUGAUUGUUUUUAUCUGAUCAAUUGAUCAUUGAUCACAGGUUUUGUCUCAGCAUUUUGUCCAGAAACCAGACAUUCUGUUCACGACACAUCAAAGAUUAAUGAUUAAAUAAUUUCCAGUUUUCCUCGAACAGUUAAACGAUUGGCUGAUUGAUUAAGUGAUUGAUCAGUUUUCAUCAGUCAGGUUAACUCACCAAUCAAUAACCUGAUUAGUACCAAACUGAACAUGAAGCUCAGAAACCAUCUAGAACCAUCCAGAACCUCGUUAGUACUUUUGCCAAUCAGCUGGUUCUGCUGCUUUAACGGAGCUGUCAGAGUGCAUGAUGGAACAUGGAGUCCUGGUCAGUCUGGAUGGACUUUUGACUGCACCGCAUGGUCUUCCUCCGCUGUUAAAGGGCUGUUCAGGUGACUUCCUGUCUGCAGGUGUAAAUAAAACAUGGCGGAGCUCUGAGCUGCUCAAACAUUUAAAAGCUGCAGCGGCUGAAAGUCCCACACUGAUGCCGACACUCAAAGUCACCGCUGCUUUGUUUUCUGCUGCUGCUAAAUUAUUCACGCUGCUCCGUCUCAGUGCUGCAGCAGUCAGAGGGUGGAGGAUUCUUCUGUCUCUGUGAGGACAGUCUGGAGGUCUCACCUGGUUCAGGUUCAGGGUCCUCUCCAGGUGAGUCGUCAUGGGACUGUGUGUUAGCGUGUGUUAAUGUGUGUAUGUGUUAAUGUGUAUUGGCGUGUGUUAAUGUGUGUAGGCGUGUGUGUGUGUGUCAGCGUGUGUUGGCUAGCGUGUGUUAAUGUGUGUAGGCGUGUGUGUGUCAGCGUGUGUUGGCUAGCGUGUGUUAAUGUGUGUAGGCGUGUGUGUGUUGGCUAGUGUGUGUUAAUGUGUGUAGGCGUGUGUGUGUCAGCGUGUAUUGGCUAGCGUGUGUAGACGUGUGUGUGUCAGCGUGUAUUGGCUAGCGUGUGUUAAUGUGUGUAGGCAUGUGUUAAUGAGUGUCAGCGUGUGUUGGCUAGCGUGUGUUAAUGUGUGUAGGCGUGUGUGUGUCAGCAUGUGUUGGCUAGCGUGUGUUAAUGUGUGUAGACGUGUGUGUGUCAGCGUGUAUUGGCUAGCGUGUGUUAAUGUGUGUAGGCGUGUGUGUGUUGGCUAGCGUGUGUUAAUGUGUGUAGGCGUGUGUGUGUUGGCUAGCGUGUGUUAAUGUGUGUAGGCAUGUGUGUGUUGGCUAGCGUGUGUUAAUGUGUGUAGGCGUGUGUGUGUCAGCGUGUAUUGGCUAGCGUGUGUUAAUGUGUGUAGACGUGUGUGUGUCAGCGUGUAUUGGCUAGCGUGUGUUAAUGUGUGUAGGCAUGUGUUAAUAUGUGUCAGCGUGUGUUGGCUAGCGUGUGUUAAUGUGUGUAGGCGUGUGUGUGUCAGCGUGUGUUGGCUAGCGUGUGUUAAUGUGUGUAGGCGUGUGUGUGUCAGCGUGUGUUGGCUAGCGUGUGUUAAUGUGUAGGCGUGUGUGUGUCAGCGUGUGUUGGCUAGUGUGUGUUAAUGUGUGUAGGCGUGUGUGUGUCAGCGUGUGUUGGCUAGCGUGUGUUAAUGUGUGUAGGCGUGUGUGUGUGUGUCAGCGUGUGUUGGCUAGCGUGUGUUAAUGUGUGUAGGCGUGUGUUAAUAUGUGUCAGCGUGUGUUGGCUAGCGUGUGUUAAUGUGUGUAGGCGUGUGUGUGUCAGCGUGUGUUGGCUAGCGUGUGUUAAUGUGUGUAGGCGUGUGUGUGUGUGUCAGCGUGUGUUGGCUAGCGUGUGUUAAUGUGUGUAGGCGUGUGUGUGUCAGCGUGUGUUGGCUAGCGUGUGUUAAUGUGUGUAGGCAUGUGUUAAUAUGUGUCAGCGUGUGUUGGCUAGCGUGUGUUAAUGUGUGUAGGCGUGUGUGUGUCAGCGUGUGUUGGCUAGCGUGUGUUAAUGUGUGUAGGCGUGUGUGUGUGUGUCAGCGUGUGUUGGCUAGCGUGUGUUAAUGUGUGUAGGCGUGUGUGUGUCAGCGUGUGUUGGCUAGCGUGUGUGUGUCAGCGUGUGUUGGCUAGUGUGUGUUAAUGUGUGUAGGCGUGUGUGUGUCAGCGUGUGUUGGCUAGCGUGUGUUAAUGUGUGUAGGCGUGUGUGUGUGUGUCAGCGUGUGUUGGCUAGCGUGUGUUAAUGUGUGUAGGCGUGUGUGUGUUGGCUAGUGUGUGUUAAUGUGUGUAGACGUGUGUGUGUCAGCGUGUAUUGGCUAGCGUGUGUUAAUGUGUGUAGGCAUGUGUUAAUGUGUGUCAGCGUGUGUUGGCUAGCGUGUGUUAAUGUGUGUAGGCGUGUGUGUGUCAGCAUGUGUUGGCUAGCGUGUGUUAAUGUGUGUAGACGUGUGUGUGUCAGCGUGUAUUGGCUAGCGUGUGUUAAUGUGUGUAGGCGUGUGUGUGUUGGCUAGCGUGUGUUAAUGUGUGUAGGCGUGUGUGUGUGUGUUGGCUAGCGUGUGUUAAUGUGUGUAGGCAUGUGUGUGUUGGCUAGCGUGUGUUAAUGUGUGUAGGCCUGUGUGUGUCAGCGUGUAUUGGCUAGCGUGUGUUAAUGUGUGUAGGCAUGUGUUAAUAUGUGUCAGCGUGUGUUGGCUAGCGUGUGUUAAUGUGUGUAGGCGUGUGUGUGUCAGCGUGUGUUGGCUAGCGUGUGUUAAUGUGUGUAGGCGUGUGUGUGUCAGCGUGUGUUGGCUAGCGUGUGUUAAUGUGUGUAGGCGUGUGUGUGUCAGCGUGUGUUGGCUAGCGUGUGUUAAUGUGUGUAGGCGUGUGUGUGUCAGCGUGUAUUGGCUAGCGUGUGUUAAUGUGUGUAUAAAUAGCUGCUACAUCUGGAUUCAUGCAUCUUUAAUGACUCUUCAUGAAUAUAAUCGUCGUCUCCUCUGUCUCUGCUCCUCUACACACUCCUGAUUUCUCCUCUUUGUCUUUCCAUCGUUACUUCAUCUUCUGUUUCAUUCUUCAAGUCUUUUCUUCUCCACUGAAUGUUGGAUUCGGUUCUUUCUGACUGAUGAAGACCAUGUUGUGAGGUUGAAAUCUCCAGAGCUCUGCAGGUUUCUGGGUCAUUUAUCUAUGAAUUAUUGGUCUUUAUUGAUCACUUUAAUCAUUAACAGUUUAUUGUCUAAUCAGCUGUUAGUUACAACAAUAAAAACUUUAAGAUAAUCUGAUUCGACCUCAGAGUUUAGAGUCGUCCGAUCCAGGAGUUUAGCUGAUCGGCAUCGAGCCUCAACUAAAUUCUUAGUUUACAUCAGCUGGUGUUCGGAGGAGCUUCAGGAGAAACCAGGCGGACUUCUUGGGAAGACGUUUUCUAGAAAUGUCUUCCAGAUUGCAUUUAAAAAGUGGAACAUUUCAGGUCAUUAACCUUCUCAGAAGUCUUUGUCAUGGUGCCUGUUGCUGCUAAACUCCCACAGUGCUCUCUGCUUUAACUGUAGUCUGAGUGACGCCUCAUCUGGUUUCUAUAGGAUUAAACAGGAAGAGGCUCCACCUGGUGGAACAACCAGGAACUACAGCUGAUCUACAUUUACUGACAUCAUGGAGAGAAAACAGGUUUACUGCAGUACAUCCUAUCAUCUAGUACUACAUUUACCCUCUAGUACUGCAUUCAGACAGUGUCCUACUGGAACUUUACAAGGUUCCACCUACAGAACGAGCAGAUAGACUGAGUUAAUUUACAUAAACUUUAAUCAAAGUGUGUAUUAUCAGUAGUUGGGCCUCGGUAUCAACAGAUGGUGGAUAUUAAAUGAUUUAUAUCCGAUCAGGACGGUCCUACUCCUGCCUCCCUUCCAGAUUAAAGGCUGUGGUUCUCUGCUGAUCUGAGGUCAGUUAACUCUCCUUAUUAAAGCAUCGUGUCCCAGCAUGCUUCACUGUGACGUCUGGACUCUGGAUGUGACACUAAAGUUGGAAACUCAUGACGUCUAAUUUUCCUGAAUUCACAUUAAAGUCAAGUUUAUCUUGAGUUUGUUUCUGGACAGAAACUCUGAGACCAAACCAGAUGUGGGUUCAUGUCGAAUGUUUUCUUUCUGUCUGAUCUCCGUCUGAAUGUUCCGUAUUUGGAUGAAGUUAAACAUUCAGGACUCGGCAUCAACGCCUCAAACUAAAAAUCCACGUUUUUCUUUUUUUCCUCUGAGGAAGGAAACGUUUGUUUCUCCUCGAAAACGUUCCAGAUCUGGGAAUGUUUGGGUUGAAGAUCAGUGGCUCUGAACAGGACUGAAGCCAGGAGGGCGGCGCUUCCUCACGGCAGACUCACCUGAGGACACCUGAGGAUGAAUGUACUGUGGAACGAAGCUGUUUCAGCAUGACGUUCAGGUGAUUGUAGCCCCGCCUCCCUGCUCUCCACCCACAGGUGCUGCUCGCCGCUGUUUGUUCCAUAGCAGAGAAAGACUGUUAAACUUUACUGAUUUUAUUUUCUCAAUUUGUAAACCAAUGUAUAUUUUAAAACAAAUAAAAUAUUUUAAACUUAA